UUCCAAACUUUUCACCGAUAGUGUGUAUGUAAAGCUUAAUGAUCGUAAAUGACACAAGCAUAAUAAUUGCGGCAAUAAAAUAUAUAUUACAUUCUAUCAGUAAAAUAGAAAAAAAAAAUGCAGAAUAUCGACCAUGGUGAUAUAAUCAGUUGACCACUAGAUUAUAAAAUAUAAUCUAAUAUCAAUCUCAGUGGCUUGAUGGUCAUUCACAAUGUUUUAUCAUUCAUAGGUGGACAAGAAGAGCCCACUCCAGAACCACGACCACACAAGUACAAAUGUGGCCUGUCAGCACCGUGUCCCCCCAAACAUCUCGCGUUCCGGCUGAUCUCCGGUGCUGCCAAUGUCAUCGGCCCCAAAAUCUGUCUGGAGGAUAAAAUUCUUGUCAGCAGUGCUAAAAACAAUGUUGGCAGAGGGCUCAAUAUUGCCUUAGUAAAUGGGGUUAAUGGAGAUGCUUUGGAAAUAAAAGCAUUUGAUAUGUGGGCAGGAGACAUUUCAGAGCUGCUGAAGUUUCUUCGGCCUCUCCAUGAAGGAACGCUAGUAUUUGUUGCUUCUUUUGAUGACCCGGCCACCAAGUUAAAUGAUGAAGCUCGACGGCUGUUUAUGGAGCUGGGGAGCACAGCAGCAAAGGAACUGAGCUUCAGGGAUAGCUGGGUGUUUGUUGGAGCCAAAGGAAUAGAAAAUAAAAGCCCAUUUGAACAGCGAAUGAAGAACAGUAAAAGUAGUAAUAAAUAUGAAGGCUGGCCUGAGUCUCUGGAGAUGGAUGGCUGCAUUCCUCUGCGUGCUCCUUUAGAAACUUAAGGCCUCACGGGGGCUUUGAACUGUAGGAACACUUCAAACACAAGGAUCAAGGAGCACUACAUACGAUCACAAUUCAGCUGCCUAAAAAUUGUACUCAUUGGAUGGUCCGAAGUGGAUUUUCCUUCCAGAGCCGUCUGCUUCAAGGUGAAGAAAAAAACUGAAAUGAAAAUAUAACUGGAAGUCGUGUGGUCCGGUGGAAUUAGAAUUGUUGUGAUUGACAAAAGAAGAACUGUUUUUUAUGAAGAAGAAAAAAAUACUGGCGCAUCAAAUCUUUUUUAACAAUAUUUAUAUAGUAUGUUUAGAAAGUUUCUAUAUAUAGUUUAAAAUGUGUGAAGUUCAUAUUGUUUAAAAUCGGUGCCUAGUGGUUGUUCUGAAGGAUGGCAUUUAUAUGAAUUUACAUUCAAAGACAGAUUAUUAUAUACACAUUAAAGAAUGUCCAGAGAGUCCAUUAAGAAUUGUCACCUAUUUCUAAUCCAUGCUUGUAAUAAGAUCAGUGUCAUGAGACUCGAUCUCAAUUAAGUUGCACCACUCUUCUUUCAUGUGUAGUUUUUGUUCUUUGUAAAAUGAUGCACUAAUGAAAUGCACUGUAUAGACAACCUUUGAUAGAAAUCAACCAAACAUCGAGGUUAUUCGUGUAGUUUUAUUUAGGACUGCCUUUUUUGGCAGGAUUACGUUUAUCUUAUCUCAUAAUAAACUCUCACAGAUCUUUAUCCCCUUGUGUGUGACCAGCAUAUUGGUUGGCUGUGUGAAAUGUCCUAUUUUUGCAGCCACCGAAACGCAGUGUGGUUUUGGCAAAUGAUGUAGUUUGUUCCAAAGGAAGUGACUUGUUCACGUGCACACAGUAAAGCUAUUUACAGAAGCUCGUGAUCACGUGUGUUGUCAGCGAAUUAAAACCACCCAAACAAGCACCAUGGA